CAGGUGCCCGACCUACUGGGAACAACCGAGAACGAACUAGGCAUCCGAAAAUGGCUCGAAGACCAAGGUCACACCCUCGUCACAACCUCCGACAAGGAGGGCGAGAACUCCACCUUCGACAAGGAGCUCGUAGACGCUGAGAUCAUCAUUACCACUCCGUACGUGACCUAUUACCCAAUACCUAGUAUCCCAGCGUUACCUCCUAGCUAUGCGGAGAUAGAAGAAAAAAAUUAGAAAAAUACAAGGAUAAUGGCCCCUGGACUAACAAUACCCUCAGCUUCCACCCCGGCUACCUAACCGCCGAGCGGCUGGCCAAGGCCAAGAACUUGAAGCUCGCCAUCACGGCGGGCAUCGGGUCGGACCACGUGGACCUGAACGCGGCGAACAAGACGAACGGCGGGAUCACGGUCGCGGAGGUGACCGGGUCGAACGUGGUGUCGGUGGCGGAGCACGUGGUGAUGACGAUCCUGGUGCUGGUGCGCAACUUCGUGCCGGCGCACGAGCAGAUCGAGGCGGGCGAGUGGGACGUGGCGGCGGCGGCCAAGAACGAGUACGACCUCGAGGGCAAGGUCGUCGGCACCGUCGCCGUCGGCCGCAUCGGCGAGCGCGUCCUGCGCCGUCUCAAGGCCUUCGACUGCAAGGAGCUCCUCUACUACGACUACCAGCCCCUCAAGCCCGAGGUCGAGAAGGAGAUCGGCGCCCGCCGCGUCGACAGCCUCGAGGAGAUGCUCGGCCAGUGCGACGUCGUCACCAUCAACUGCCCCCUGCACGAGAAGACGCGCGGCCUGUUCAACAAGGAUCUUAUUGCUAAGAUGAAGCCUGGCUCCUGGCUAGUCAACACGGCGCGCGGCGCCAUCGUGGUCAAGGAGGACGUUGCCGAAGCGCUGAAGACGGGCCACCUCCGCGGCUACGGCGGCGACGUGUGGUUCCCGCAGCCGGCGCCCAAGGACCACCCGCUGCGCUACGCCAAGAACCCGUUCGGCGGCGGCAACGCCAUGGUGCCGCACAUGUCGGGCACGUCGAUCGACGCGCAGAAGCGGUACGCCGCCGGCACCAAGGCCAUCCUCGAGUCCUACCUCACCGGCAAGCACGACUACCGCCUCGAGGACCUGAUCGUCAAGGACGGCGACUACGUCACCAAGGCGUAUGGUCAGCGCAACAAGGCGUAAAACAACUUAACUUACUAUUACUCCCCUACUCUCCUCUCUCCUCCUCGCCUGCCCCCAAUUUCCCACAAAAGCGUGACGACGAAGAUGUUUAUAUGAACAUAUUUUUCCAGGAGGUGCUAUCUUUUUACUGAAAUUACUUACCAAGUGUAUACGAAAGGAAAGGAUGGGUGCAAUGAAAUGAAAUGGGUAGCCGGACGGAAUCCGGCGUCCGACGAAAUCGAAACCGACUGACUGACUAUAAGCGACGAGCGACGACGCUACUACGGAUAUGAGCCUUUGAUGCUAGGGUAAUAUGAUUAAGUAGUGUUUUAGUACAGCCAUUGCUUUGAACAAUGAUGAAGUCUGAAAGUGCCAAUCUGUGGUUAAAC